GCCGCCCCGGCCGGGGAGGGCGGCCCCCCGGCGCCCCCUCCCAAUCUCACCAGCAACAGGAGACUGCAGCAGACCCAGGCCCAGGUGGAUGAGGUAUUGCUCUAGGCAUGUUCUCUGUCUGUCCUUGGCAUGUUAACUUGACAGCGUCGGGGUUGCAUGCUGGGCGUGCACCCUGGGCCUGCGUUCGAGGAGUGCCCUCUUUGAGGUGGACCUCGGCACACUCCCUGCUUCCUGGGCCCCUCCCCCAGGUGGUGGACAUCAUGAGGGUGAACGUGGACAAGGUUCUGGAGCGGGACCAGAAGCUGUCGGAGCUGGACGACCGUGCUGAUGCGCUCCAGGCGGGGGCCUCCCAGUUUGAAACUAGUGCAGCCAAGCUCAAGCGCAAAUACUGGUGGAAAAACCUCAAAAUGAUGAUCAUCUUGGGAGUGAUUUGCGCCAUCAUCCUCAUCAUCAUUAUUGUUUACUUCAGCACUUAAGUCCCUGAGGAGGCUGCCCUGCCUAGAGAAGGGCCUCUUCCCCCCAACCCCCAGCCAUCCCUCCACCUCUCAGCCAUAUCUCUCAGCCCCUCCCCAGAUCCGUGUGUGUGUGCGUGUGUGUCCGUGUGUGUGCCCCCUGUAAAUAGCCAGCUGUUAUUUAUACAUAUAUAAUAUUAUAUAUAUUUGGUCUGUUUGUAGUUUUAUUACUAGAAGAUUCUUUCCGGUUGUCCUUAACACUACUUCCUGAGCUGUACCCAUCCUCUCCUCUCUUUCCCUCCUCCUGAGCCACCCCAAGCCCUUUCAUUUGCAUCUGCUAUGCAAUAGGCCCUCUCCUUGCCCUGAAUCUAGCUGACCCUUCCUUCUCCCCUCCCCUCCUCUUGCCCCCAUGCUCUCCUCCCACCAAAUGGGGAAAGCAGCUGUCCAGGCCUCCCUCCAUGCAUCUUGUGUGCAUCCAUCGGGAGGCUCUGAGACUGACCUCACUGGGUCCUAAGAAUCCCAAGAUGUUCUGGGAGCUUCCAGCAUAUUAUAAUUAGCGUAUCAUUUGCACACCAACAUCCCUUUGGGUUUCCUUGCUUUUUGUUCCAUGGGUCUUCUUGGAAACUUUUUUUUUUUACUGAGAAGUUAGUCUCCAGUGGUCCUUGUAUCACACUUUGAUUUGCACGACAUUACUUACAGGUGUGUGUGGCGGGGAGUCUGGGCUUUAGGGGAGCCAGGCUGCUCUGGUCCCCAGAAUUGCCCACUCCCAGCCCCUCUAGUCCAGUUUGCCUCCCUUAUCCCCAUUUUCCAGACCUCUUGUGCCCUCCCCUCCCUCCCCCCAGCUGGCGUGGAAGUGUCUUGGAAUUCAGUGUGUUAUGAUGGACCAAUAAUUCUGCCACUCGGGGUCUCCCUACAUUCCUGUCCCCGGUUUUCAUGUGGGGCACUCAGCCAACAUUCCUGUGGGGUCUCCCUGCCUCCCAUCUGCCUGAUCCACCUCCUCCUCACCCCAGGAGAGUUGGGGGUUGGCCACAAUCUGGUCUCUCUUGGGAGGAGUGGCUGCCAGUAUGAGUGUGAGUUUUGGGGGGGGUCAUCACUGCCUUGGGGAAGAGUGGGGCAGGGCAGAGAAUCCCCCCAGUUCCUGCCUGAGAUCUCCAGCCUCACCCCUGCUUGGGGUUGGACUGAAAACCCUCCUUCCUAAUUUGGGGGUGUUGUCCCCAUCACUGCCCAGCUCCUCUGACUACCCCCUCAAUUCAGGGUGGGGUACUAGUCACUGCCAAUGUGUGUAUGGGACUUGGUGGGUGAUGGGGGUCCUUGCUUCUCUUCAGGGCUAUUGAGCCCUGAGAACGAGCAGGCCCCUCAGUGGGUGAAGUGAUAGAGGGUCUAAUGUCUUUUUAAAUGGCACAAUUUUAGGGGGCUGAGGAUGUAGUCCCUUAGCUUGCCACUGGAGAGGGGCCCCAAUUCUUCUUUCGCCCCCACUCCAGAUUUUCUGUGUGGAGGGAGUGGGAGCAGGGAGAUCUAAACUGUGGUGUGGAAGGGUAGGAGAGAUGCUGGGGGUGGGGGUGCUGUGUUCUAGACUCCCCCAUAUUGUCCCAGUGUCCCCUGCCUCCCCUCUCCCCCCACCUCAUGCCCCCAAUUCUGUGGCGCAUCCAGAUUGUGAAAAUGUACAAUAAAUGUGUAACAAGUAAUUGA